AUGCACGUCUCCUCCACCUCUUCCCUUCUUCUCUCCAUCCUCUCCCUUGCGAAUCUCGUCACCGGCCAUCCCGGAUGUCGACCAAGCCACCGCCCAGUCAAGACUGCCAAGGCGAUCUACUUCCUCACUAACGAGGAUGUCAACGGUGUCGUUGCCCUACCCGUCAAGCGAGACGGGAGUCUUGCCAGCGGCAUCGUAACAGAGACCGGAGGCGCCGGCGCCACAAGCUUGGACGCCAAUAACCAGCCCGCCGUCCCCGACCCCCUUGUGGGACAAUCUGCAUUAACCGUGGCCGGCAAGUACCUCUUUGCCGUCAACGCCGGCUCCAACACGCUAAGCAUGCUCUCCAUCUCUCGCUCUGAUCCCACAAAGCUUCGCCGCGUCGGCGAGCCCGUCGCCCUCCCCGGCGAGUUCCCCAACACCGUCGCCGCUUCUUCCAAAAAUAACCUCGUCUGCGUCGGCACGACCGGUGCAUUGGCGGGCAUUUCGUGUAGCUCCUUUGGGCGCAACGGGCUCGGACCCAUGGACCAGCUCCGCCCAUUUGACUUGGGCCAGACGACACCUCCAGUAGGACCCACCAACACGGUGUCGCACGCCUUCUUCUCCGAUGACCAGACCAUCCUGUUCACCAACGUCAAGGGCGAUCCCGCUACCAACAAGACAGGCUUCCUCUCGGCUUUUGCCGUGCAAGGCUCGGGAACCGGAGCUUCCCUCAGUACCAACGAGGUCCGCAGCACGCUCGACGGCACAGCCGUGCUCUUCGGAGCACAGGCCAUCCCCGGAACGUCCAAUAUCUUCGCAACCGACGCGGCCUUUGGCGGCGCCGUCAUCUCCGUUAACCCCGUUAGCCUCGAGGGGUCCACCGUCGCCGCCGUGGCCGUUGAGGAGCAGGUGGCGACUUGCUGGGCGGCCAUCUCGCCCGUGACCGGCACUGCGUUCGUGGCCGACAUUGGCGCCCCGCGCCUGGUGGAGAUGAGCCUCGCGGAUGCCAGCAUCAUCUCCGAAGUUGCCGUCCCCGACUUGCAAAACCCUGGCCUGACGGAUCUCCGCGCGGGAGGAAGCUUCAUCUACGCCCUCUCUCCCGGGAAUGGUACCUCCUCUCCCGUCGUUGCCGUGGUGAGCGUCGCUGGCGGGUCUGGGGCCGGCGAGGUCGUGGAGCUGUUUGAUAUCAGUGAUGUUGCCGGACCGCGGGCGCAGGGGAUGGCGGUUUUUGAGUAG